CAAGGAAAGAGAGCCUGAGCAGCCCCGGCGGCCUUGGGGACCAUGGGGAAGAGAUACUUCUGCGACUACUGCGACCGCUCCUUCCAGGACAACCUCCACAACCGCAAGAAGCACCUGAACGGGGUCCAGCACCUGAGGGCCAAGAAGGUCUGGUACGACCUCUUCCGAGAUGCCGCAGCCAUUCUGGUGGAGGAGCAGAACAAGAGGCCUUGCAGGAAGUUUCUGGAGACAGGUCAGUGUGACUUUGACUCCAACUGUCGGUUCUCCCACAUGACGUCGGGGGACCUGGAGCAGCUGGCGGCCCAGGUGCAGGAGGAGCAGCUGUCCAGGGAGCAGGAGGUCGUGGAGGUGCCCGAGGCGGGCAUCGAGGAUUGGCUGGAGAAGCGGGCCCAGCGGCGGAGCUCUGCCCAGAGCAGCAGCGCGCUGCCGGCCAAACCCGCGGUCUUCCAGUACCCCCCGGGGUGGCCGCCCAUCCAGGACCUGCCGCCGUCCCUGCGGGCCCCGCCCCCGGGGGGGUGGUCCCCGCAGCCCGGCGCCCAGUGGGGCUGAGAACGAGGCCGCCUCCUCCGCCGCGGAAGCUCCUCCGAGUGUCUCACGGGGGCAUCGGGGACCCCCCUUGUCUCCUAGAUCCCAAUAAAAGGCUCCAGCCUCAAAAAAAAAAAAAAAAAA